CAAGACAACAUUGGCACUCCUGUCAAAAAGGACCCUACAAAUUUUCUCUUUCCCACAAAACUCGGUUUCAAUUUUCUUUCACCAAACAAAAAAAACCCAAAAAUUUAAACAAAAUCCGAAAUAUACACUCACACAAAGCCAGCAAACCCAUCAAGCAAGUCAGAAAUCGGAGGGGUAAAGAGAAGCGAUCAACCAUACAUCACAAUACCCAAAAAUUAAUACAGAUCCGAGGAAAUCAGGAAAAUCCAAUCUAGAAUAAUUAAAAGACUUCAUUUUCGGCAUUCAAAUUAGUCAGCAGAAAGGCACCGAGCACCAGUCCUGUCCGCGUUAAGAUAUCCUUCAAAGACUUGAACUCACAACUUGGAACAGAUCCAGGAGCAACUAUAUAGUUAGGAAGAACAAGUUCAAAUCCUAUCUCAAAAUCCUACAGGUAUCCAAGUCAAGCUGGAGAAGAAAAUACAGCAGUUAAAUCGGGAGAAUAUCUGAAACAGAUAACCGGAACCGGAAACGAACCUUAAAGCAUCCUUUUCUUUGAGGCAGAAUUCCUAUAAGGUCAGUCAAUCCAUGAGGAACCCAGUUGGAUCCAACUAAGCCUAUAACUCUUUUUUUGGCCCAAUUGACACCAAAAACAAACAAACAAAAAACUAAAGUAACAAGGACAACAAAAAAAGAACCCAUCCAAUUAAAAGUUUCGAAAUUAAAGCGCUUAACUUAAGACAACAGGAAGAAACAGUUUUUUUUUUCGAGAAGACAGAAGUCAAAAAAUAAGAAAUGCUAACGCGACACCAAUAAAAAUUUAACAACCAUCAUCGCUCGCUAAACGUUUUUUUUUGCCCCGGCCUCAGUAGCAGAAGCAGACUUAAGCUAAAAGUUUCGAUCCAGCAAAAAUUCUUACAAAAUAAAUAUUAAAAAAUAAAUAUUAAAGAAAAACGAAAUCAAAUCCCAACGUGAAAUCAGUCAAGGACAUGAGCUAAUAAAGUAAUUGAGCGCGCAAAAUUCAAAAAGUCAUCAUUCCACACGUAACACGUAACCAGCACAAAAUAAGAAAACCAAACAAAACGAAAAGUAAAAGCAAAAGAAAGCAACAAAAAUAAGAAAAAAAGAGUUAAAUCAGGAGUAAAACGAAGACAAGCUACAAACAAAAAAAUAAAAGGCAUCAAAAGUUAUAUAUAAACCACCGAUUUCCGAUUUUCACCUCGGAUUCGCGUUUCCAAAUCGCCAAAUUGAAAUUCUAAAGUGUUCUUUCCGCAACAGUUUUCGGUUUCUGCUCUGUAUUUCGAUAUAUUUAGCCGUAUAUAUAUAUAUAAUAUAUAUAACCGACUCGCGUAACACAUAAAGCAGCACAUAAAUAUAUAUAUAUCAAAUAUAUAAAUUACAAAAAAAAGAAAACAAAAACCGAGAACAAUGGCAUCCGAACUGGACCAAUUCGCCGACCUGGAACUAUCGAAGGAGGAUCGCGAACAGAUCUUCGAUCCGCCUUUGGAUCGACAGCAGUUGGAAGGUGCUGGCACCUCAAGUGUUACGACAUCAAAAAUCUUAAUAAGCGGCAUACCGAUGCAAACACGAUUCGAAGACAUCGAACCGCUACUGAAGCCCUAUGGCAUCGUCAAACAGUGUGAGGCUAUUUCUAGUAAGGAUCAAAAUACUCAAACAGUACAUAUAACAUUCGAAAAUCCUGAGCAGGCGCAAAGAGCUGCUGGCGGUCUGAACGGGGUCGAGUUUGAGGGCAGCAAGCUGCAUGCCGAGCAGCUGGAUAAGAACCAGCGCCGCAGCCAGCGCAACCAGCGCAAUCCGUAUCCGGGUAUGCCCGGUCCCGGCAGACAGGCGGAUUUCCCGCUGCGCAUUCUUGUCCAAAGCGAGAUGGUGGGCGCCAUCAUUGGACGCCAAGGCAGCACCAUUAGGACGAUCACACAACAGAGCCGUGCUCGCGUCGACGUCCAUCGCAAGGAGAAUGUGGGCUCGCUGGAGAAAUCAAUCACGAUCUAUGGCAAUCCGGAGAAUUGCACCAAUGCCUGCAAGCGCAUCCUGGAGGUGAUGCAGCAGGAGGCCCUAUCCACGAACAAGGGUGAAAUUUGCCUCAAGAUACUUGCUCACAACAAUCUGAUUGGUCGUAUCAUUGGCAAAUCGGGCAAUACCAUUAAGCGGAUCAUGCAGGAUACCGAUACAAAGAUCACCGUUAGCUCGAUCAAUGACAUCAACAGCUUCAAUUUGGAGCGCAUCAUUACGGUGAAGGGUUUGAUUGAGAAUAUGUCGCGUGCCGAGAAUCAAAUUAGCACCAAACUCCGCCAGAGCUAUGAGAAUGAUCUGCAGGCGAUGGCACCGCAGAGUCUCAUGUUUCCUGGUCUCCAUCCCAUGGCAAUGAUGUCGACACCGGGCAACGGCAUGGUCUUUAAUACGAGCAUGCCGUUCCCCUCGUGUCAAAGCUUUGCCAUGUCCAAGACACCGGCUAGCGUUGUGCCGCCAGUCUUUCCCAAUGACCUACAGGAGACCACCUAUCUCUAUAUACCGAAUAAUGCUGUUGGCGCCAUUAUUGGCACCAAGGGCUCGCACAUCCGUAGCAUUAUGCGCUUCUCGAACGCAUCCCUUAAAAUAGCACCCCUCGAUGCCGACAAGCCGCUGGACCAACAAACGGAGCGCAAGGUGACGAUUGUUGGCACACCGGAGGGUCAGUGGAAGGCGCAGUAUAUGAUUUUCGAGAAGAUGCGCGAAGAGGGUUUCAUGUGCGGUACGGAUGAUGUGCGUCUAACUGUCGAAUUGCUGGUGGCCAGCUCUCAGGUGGGUCGCAUUAUUGGCAAGGGUGGCCAAAAUGUGCGUGAAUUGCAGCGGGUGACGGGCAGUGUGAUUAAGCUGCCGGAGCAUGCCCUUGCACCGCCGUCUGGCGGCGAUGAGGAGACACCAGUACACAUCAUUGGACCAUUCUAUAGCGUACAGUCUGCACAGCGACGCAUCCGUGCCAUGAUGCUGUCAACAAAUCCGCCGCCAGUAACCAAAAAACAGAAAGCUGCCAAAGAACAAUUGCAACAACAGCAACAGAGCCUAGCGGGCGCUGCCACCAGUGGGGCCCAGCAGCAGCAACAACAGUCGCCAUCAUCGCAACAGCAGCAGCCGCUGCCGCCGCAAUUGCAUCAUCAGCCUGUGUCCUCGGCGUCGUCAUCGUCGACGCCGCCUGCACACCAUCAGCAGCAGGCGUCGACGGCAGCGACCUCGCACCAGUUGCAGCAGCAACAGCAGCAGCAGCAGCCAUCGCCGCCGCCUCCUGGCAAUGCAACUCCUACCGCAGCCCAGCAGCAGCAGUUGGCGAGCUCACAGCAGUAAGGAGGAAAUGAAUCGCUUAGCAGAGGAGUGGAGAGGUGAAGAAAUGAAAGGAGGCACUGCCGCAGCAGCGACAGGGCCAACAAUAGCCAAGGCAGGGUUUUCUACGGUUGAUACUACCUCCGAAACACAACACAACAACACCCACAAUCUACCACCCAAACCAUCUACAACAACAAAAAAAAGAAGCCAAACACCAAUCAUCCACAAUUGCAAUACCCCUAACUAUUACAAAAUAGACGCCACCUUUGUGCUGGCACAGGCGACGACAAAAGUAAACCAGGACAAAAAGUACCUGGCAACAGCAGUAACAGAAGCAUUUAAGGGAACAGGAAUAACUCGUCAGGAAGCGCAAGAAGCUGUACUCGGACAUAGCAAAAGAAGAUCCACAAGAGCCACACACACAUAUAUGCAGCAGGAAUAACAACAGUAACAACAACAUUCUUCAUUUGCAUGCUAAGAAAUAAAGAGAAAACGUUAAAUGGAAAAAAGCGCUAAAACUAUAUCGUUCAUCAAAAAGUCACCAAACCAGCAGCAACACCCACCCACAGGUAUGUGUUGUUGCUCUACGCGCUUCCCGUCCCCUAUUUGUUAUGUGAACUUUUGUGGCACCGCCCAAAACAGUUUUCCUUUUCAAUAGGCUCUCGGGCCAACCCCUCAUCCAACCCCAACUGCAACCCCAACCACGACCCCUUGAGAUAAUCUGAAUUUUCAAAAGCAAACUAAUUUGAACAAGAACAAAAACAAAAGCAGCAGCAUCAGCAUCAGCAGCACAAAGUAACUAGAGAGAAAACCCCUACGAAUGGAAAUGGAAAGAUAAAGAAGGAACACUUAGUAGUGUAUGCGUUAU